ACAGGUCAGAACAGUUCAAUCACUGCAAGCAAUGUACAAGCCCGACAAAAUAACAGCUCCAGUGUCAGUGCUUUCCAUGAAAUCACUGGAACAAUAUCCAAAACAUCUACGGCAUUAUCAAGUGGGAAGACAUCCUCUUCUCAGUCCGUGAUGAGUACAACCAACCCUCCAAACAAAACCAAUUUUAAAUAUAGCACGUCAGCAUUACUUCAACCCACGUCAUCUAAGCUUCCAUCAACAUCUUCUUACACAGUAAGAAAUAUACGUGCCGCAUUUUCAUCUUACUCUCACACUCCUACCAAAAGUUCAGAAAUGUUUAUAUCCUCUACUUCCGUGGUAAGCUCUUUUGUUUUUACAACUUCUUCUAAUUUUAGCUUUCCUACCACACUCACGUCUUCCACUUUUCAUAAAGUCAGCAAUUCGUCGUCAACUGAUAGCUUAACUUCCUCUUCAAGACGCAGCAAUUCUGUACCAGCUACAUCUUCUAUUAAUUCAUCUACAGCUGAGUUGUCUAAUACUACAUCACAUUUUUCUCUUCCAUCUGCAAUGUUUUCCACAUAUCAAGGCGUUCAUUCAUCUUCAACUCAUUUAUUGUCUUCGCCAAUGGAAGGCAAUGUUACUCUAACUAUUCAUUCAUCCACAUUAAUAUCCUCUUCCCCUCCAAGGAGUUCUUCAUUUUCUUCUUCAACGUUAUUUCCAAGUACGCUCACUCUAUUUUCUACAAGUAUGGUUGUUACUAAAACAAUUGGGAAUACCACCAUAACGCCGUCAAGUCGUGAAUUAUCUGCGGAUCAUUUAAGUUCUUUUACAAAGGAAAUACCUUCCACUUCGUCUGUAUCUGCAAUGUUUUCUACAUCUCAAGGCGUUCUUUCGUCUUCAACUAAUUUAUUAUCUUCGCCAAUGGAAGGCAAUUCCAAUCUAACUAUUCAUUCAUCCACAUUAAUAGCCUCUCCCUCUCCAAGAAGUUCUUCUAUGACCUUCGUUCGUCCAACGCCAUCACAGAAACAGACCUUACCUACCAAAUCAAGUGAAGCAAAGAUCUCUUCGAGUACUAUCACAAAAAUGGCACCAUCGAGUGCUGCCAAUGUACUGAACUACAUCUUCCUAACGUUCGAUGGAAAACUGAUCGUAUCACCAAAGUCUUCAUACAAAGCGGAAGACAUUAACUUCAAGGAACUUGCGGGUUCUAUUGAAAGUAUUUUAGAUAAGGCCUUACAGCAAGUCAAUGAAUACAUUUAUUCAAAAAUUUUGAUUAUUAAACCGCGAGAUGAUGAAUCGAAGUUUGUCUGUACGUUCAAAGUAUUCUUAACAAAGCCAAGUUCAGAAACAGCUGCUACUCUGCAAGAGAAGAUAAAUAAAUACAACGAGACUAAUGGAUUUGGCGAGUUCACAUUACAUUCGGUGGAAACAAGUGAUGCCAGUAAUCAGCCAUGUACUGAAGAAAGGUUGUACAUGUGGGCAAUUAUUGUCAUUGCCGCAUUAGGAGUCCUAUGUUUGCUUUUUUUAGCGGCAUUCAUCUAUGCGCAGGUAUGUAGAUUCGUGACUCUGCAUCAUUCAAGCGAUUUUCAUAAUCAUUCUAAGAAAAAUUUGGAAUUAAACAAUUUUUUCUUACUGUUCUCACUUCUAACAUAUUAAUUUAAGAUAACUUCACAGAUUACAACAAAUUCUGAUAUGGGAUUGGGAUCUUUUAAUCCUCCAAAUACACUUUGUAGUAUCUGUUCUAAUUGAGAAAAGGUCAUACUUUUCACUUUUAGUUUGAGCUCUGAACGAAAAACAGCCUAAUAAACACAAAUAAACGUAUACCGAUCUUCUGAAUACAAUUUUCCAAAAUACAAAUCAUACUUGAAAUAGUGAAGGGCGCCAUUACCAUACAUGCAUGUAUAGUCUCGAUCACAUAUGUUACAGUGCGUCUACAGUAAGUAGGGCCACUUAGAGAACACUAACCAAUCGCAUUGCAGAACAAAAAACAAAUAUAAUCAAACUAAAGCUCGUUCAAUCAAAAGAAAGCUCCAGGAAGCCAUUAACUACAGUGCUUACUUUUCAAAAUUCUUAGUUAAAAUCCGUAAAAAAAUCGCAUAAAAUCCUCUUGUAAUUUGAAAUAUAUGUCAAAUAAAAUAAAAAUUCCCUAAAAACGAUGCCAAAAGCCACUCUGGUGUUAUAAAUACUGCAUAUACACUUCAUGUAACAACAGUUGAUUAUUUUAUUUAACCUGAACCACCUGAACUUCAGGCCCUGACGGCUUACCCUACGAUUUUUGAUUGGGGUUAUUAAAAUAAAAUUAUUCUGUUUGUUGCUUUUUUCAUUAAAUAGUAUACACAAUGUUCCAAUUACCACUUCUUUACUUAUCAAGCUUCAUAAACUUCAGAGAAUAUCGUUUUAUUCUGUGCAAAAAAUCCGAAAAGUCCGUAAAAAAUUCCACAAAAGUUCGAAAGUCCAACAAAAAUUAUCCCCGGACUUUUGAAAGUACGAAAGUCCCAUACACUUUUUUCGAGUGAUUUGCCCCUCGCUCUUUUCCAGCUUCGUGUUAAUCGCGCAAACAAAGAAAAUGACACUAAACGUCAUCUUCCACUAUCUCGGCUUCGCCAGGCUUUCUUGCCAUUCUACUUUUCUUACUUUUUCCUACUUUUUUUCAACUUUCCUACUUUUCCUAGUUUUUAUUAAAAAUUGUUUGAUUUUCAGAAUCAUAAUCAAUAAAUUAAUGAAGAUCUAGAGAUUCCAUUCAUAGAUGAACGAGUACAAAAAAUAUAGUGAGCACCAAAAAUUCACACAACAUCCCCAGCAGAUAUCUAAUAGUCCACCCCUUACUCCAUAUAUCCUAAGUGACCAAUUUUGUAUAUUUUUGUGUUAUUUGCAUCUCAAAAACUCCUACUUUUCUACACAUUUUCCUACUUUAUUCAUACUUUUCUUUAAAUUCUAGUCCUACUUUUAUCCUACUAGUUUUCUACACAAGGAUGCCAGAAAGCUUGGCUUCACUCUUUUCAUCCGAGUUGUCGCUCCAGGUGUAUAUAGAGCUCAUUGCAAUGGGCUCGUUGCAUCAUAACAAUCAUGACAAUCAAGCAUUCAUUCACAAUUAAUUUUAGUGAUCGGAUUGUUGUACUGCUUUUUGUUUCUUUGAAAAUCCAUGACUGUUCUCCAAUUUGAGUAGUAUUUUGAGGUUAUGCAUGAGCAAUAGACAAUUCCCAUCACAGACUAAUUUUAGAACGAGCAUACUAAAAUUAGUUAAAUUGCAAAGUUUGGUUACGAAAUGAUGUAAAAUGCGGAUAAUAUAGAGCCCUGCAAAGUUUGCAAAUUUUGUAUACUUCUGUAUUACAAAAGUAUACAAAAUUUGGAACUUUGCAAUGUUUCCUCAUUUUACAACAUUUCCCAACCAAACUUUGUAAUUUUACUAAUUUUAGUAUGCUCUUUUCUAGCUGUAGUGAUUUAUUUGCUUGCCUAGUUUUAAAAUUAGUCUAUAAUGGAAAUUGUCUAUUACCUUUUACAUUUAGGUUACCCUCAAUCAACAGAAUAAGAAAAUAAUGUUCAUUCUAUUUUAAUAUUAUACAGUGUACUGCAGUGUUAAAAUCUCGAAUGGUCGUUUCCAGUGUAGUUAGAGAUGAUAGCAGACAGCUAUGGUGUGAAGAAUAUACAACUACAUACCUAACAAAUAUAAGCAGAACUUCGGCGUUUCGAGAAAAGCCUUUUGUCGGGAAGUUAUUAACUUCAUGUUAUAUUAACUUCCUGACAAAGUGCCUUCAAUCGAAACGUCGAGUUUCUGCUUAUAUACUCCGGGAAGUUGUAAAUGCUGUGUAAAGGAUUUGAUAUAUCAAUAAAUAAGAAUUGGCGGAUGGAAGUUAAUUUACUUGAUCUUAUAUUUUCGAUCAACUCAGUCUGCCCGCUCUGAAACCUACCAAUCAGUUGUUAAAAAAUAUAGAAACGGUGAUAAGAUUACCAGAUGAAAAAACUAAGGUUUCUCUUUUUGUACUUUAAUUUGAUAUUUGUACAUUUUUGUUUUUGAUACGACUCGUUAUUCUGAAUUUGUAGAGAAAACUGAAAAAAUCAAGAAAAGGAAAUCAUUCUUCACCCAACCAUGCCAAAAACAGCGACAAAAGAUAUAGUGAUUUCUUUCCGCCAGUGUUUGAUGGUAAUGCUGAAUCUAAAAAUGUUCCAUUGCAAUUAACAAGCGUAUCAUCCACUGAGUCUAAGAAACCGCUGAAAUUUAGUGACACCGUUGACACUGAUUCAGAGCAGGAUGAUGAAAAUGGGAAAAAAUCUGAUAAAAGCUUCAGUGGGGAAGAUGAAAAAGAGGACAAUAUGUUGGACGUUCAGGUACUAUUACUUCAAUUAAACUAAACUGACUUUACUUACAUUCUUAUAUAUGUUUUUUGUUAUUUGAAAAUUUUGAGCAAAAAUUAUUUAGAGAUUUUAGAGCUGACCGGAAGCAACUAGGAAGCCUUCCCCAAGGGAUUAAACCUGCGGCCUAGCGAUUCCAGUGCGACGCUCUGACCACCGAGCUACCAAGUCUUGCUGCCAAGACUCAAACACAAGCUCGUGCAUAUACAGUACUGCAUUCCAUUAAGAGUUAACCACAAGAUUGCUGUCGAGCGGUCUAUGGUUGUAAUUACAUGCAUUCAUUAUGGUCACCUAAGCAUCGGAUUAAUAGGAAUCCAUCUGCCUGAAAAAUACAAGGUUCUCUUCGACGUUUCGAGCGAAGGGAAUUUGUCGGAAUUAGUUGCAUCUCUAUCAAUCCGAAGCUUUCUAAUUAUUGCAACAUGAGCUCCACCUUUGAAUUUACUUUGAGUUUUUCAAGUUUUUUUAAAAAAAUAGUUUUUAAAAAAGUUUUAAAAAGUUUUAAAAGAGUUUUGAAAAGUAAGAAAAGUUUAAAAAGUUAGAUUUUUAAAAAAGUUAAAAAAAAUUAAAAAGUUAAAAAAAAUGAGGGUUAGGGGUUAGUGAUUAGGGGUUAGUGGUUAGGGUUGGGGUUAGGGUUAGUGUUAGGUGCCGCGAAUUUAUUAUUAUGAUAAAUUCAAAAUUUGCCACGAAUUUAUUAUAAUGAUAAAUUCGGACGUGUUUAAGAAUUUACUCAUAUAGUAAAUUCAAAGGUGGAGCUCAUGCUGAAUUAUUGGCACUAUACUUAUUCACUGGAACAGACAGUUCAAGAUUAUAUCACAGGUCUAAAAUAUGUAUAUAACUAGGGUACCUGCAAGGUAGGGAUUGCUGCGGGCAUUAAAAGCAGAUAGAACUACAGGAAACAGCACAAAUUUUAUCAAGCACAUUGAUUACUCGCAGCGACUAGUGAGUUGUGAAUGGAACUGAGAAGAAGCAAUAUAUAUUGAAGUAGCAAAGACCAGGGGUUAAUGUGCAAUCAGAGGUAACAGAUAUUAAACAUGUGCGUCUCAUUGACAUACAGGUAAAUUAAGAUCAGAUUUCAUAUCAAGUCUGUUUACUGCUAGGCGCAUUUACCACAUUAUAUAGACUAUAUACACAGAUUUAUCACACUAAGAAACCAAAACUUUAUAAAAAUAUAGAACUGACAGUGGCCAAAGUCCAAAACAAAGUCCAAAGCGUAACAUUAGACUUGAAAAAGCUUUAGAAAUUCCGUAAAACUGCGAAGACUCGAGCGAGUUUAAAAUUUGUGUUCUGCGCAUAGAAAGCGCGCACGACCACAAUUCCAUGCGCUAAAUAAAAUUUAGUUCAAAACCCCCUCUAUGCAUGCAUAUAUUAGGCUGCUGCUACGCUCGCUCGUUUCAGGCUCGCUCGCUCCGCAGCAAUUAAAAAUUUUUGCUCGACAUUUCCAUUUAGUUCUAUAUCAAGCAAGAUGACCCAAAUCUCGAGUGCAUUAUUUACAGAAUAAGCUAGACAAAGUCUAUGCAGGGAAAACCUGCACUAAACAUUUGUUAUACUAGAUGUUCUAUCAGUUCUUAAUACUGUAGUCUUCCUCGAGGUCCAGUAAGGGCGAGCCAGGUUUCCAUAUGGUCGUAAUGGUCAUAAAGAUGGAGUCACGGUCUUUCUCAACGGUCAGAUUAUAAUGGCUUUUACUAGUAAACCAUAGUGUAUUCAGAAUACUUAUGAUUUAUAUAUGGUUUACUAGUAAAAGCCAUUAUAUAGAGAAUCUCUAUUUGUAGUCACUCUGCCUAUUUCCAGUUUUGUAUGCAAUAAUAUUAAUUUAUUCUUAGAAGAAUUUAUCCUUAAUUGUUAUAGUUUUCAACCUUUUGGCCAUGGGCGUACGGGAAGGAAAAAAUUAGGGGGGUGGGGGCGGAAAGAAAUUUGCCCGACCUUUUCGGAUUGUGCCCGAGUUGUCAAAAAAAAUUUUCCUGAGAAACUUUCCAAAAUUGUUGUCGACGGGGGGGGGAGCAGUGAUUACGAAAAAUUCCUAUUACACAGGAAACCCUAGCUGGGAAACUUUCUGAAGGCUCUGGAACCCAGGGUAAUUACGUGGCAUAUUUCCCACAAAAUUGACAGAAUUUGUCCCAUUUAUUUUUAUAAUAAGCCAAUAUUGCCCGACUGUUAAGCGAAUAUUGCCCGACUGGCUUUGUUUGCCCAACAAACUAGGAGGCUGCCACCCCCCCCCCCCCCUCGCCCGGUACGCCCAUGUUUUUGGCCAACGUCGUGUUAUCAACAUAAUCCUCCUCAUUUGUGAAUAUAGAAACUAAUAUUUUAUGUAAUGUUUCCUUAAAUUUAUUCUUUGGAAAAUUACGUAAGUCACAUGGAAUGCUGUUCCAUAUUCUUGUACCAGUUCUGGAAAACUGGGAGCAAUUCAGUUUAUUAGUUAAACAUGAAUGUUUCACAGAAAAUUUUGUAUUAUAGUCAUGUAUGUCGUGAGUAUAAUAAGUAAGGUUAUUAAUUGAUAUAUGUAAUAAAGUUAUAAUAAAGUUAACCGUAACGCUUUAGUUAUAUUGAUAAUACAACGUUAUAUUGAUAAUAUAACACCCUAAGUUUAAGUAACGCCAAAAUAGAGUUAAGGUUCUAAUAACGUUUACCAUUGUUUCACGGUAGUUAUGUUGUACAACAAUUACAAAAUAGUAUUAGUAUUCCGUCCACGAUAGAGUCAUCCAUGCACUUGGGAUGUUGCUCGACUUUCGGAAGCGCCUCGUGUUGACGCUACUCUGGCUUUUGGUAAAUACAAAGACUAAUAAUUGUUUAUGAUUUUCUCCACUAUAUCUAGGAACAAUCUCAGUCUGGCAACGCUAAAUUGCAAAUUCAAGAUACUGACGAUGAAGACGAUCAAACAAAAUUCAGUACGUUUUCUCGGAAACGUUAAAGUAUAUAAGUAUGAAUGUAUGAUGAUGAACUUGUGGACUAUUAUAACGCCUAGCUUUCAGUCCGGCAUUAAUGAGGCUUAUUCCCCAGAUCUGUUUUUAACAUUGGUUCAUUUGUCAACGUGAGUUAAACCAUGUUGUAUUAAUUAAGUGGUGCUUUAUAGUUAAAGGAUGUAAUAGUGUGUACAUAGAAAUUAAAUUGCUGCGAUCAGUUUAUUUUGAAAUUAGAGGGAAGUUAUAUUAAGGUUUUCACUUACAGCGUAGCUCGGACUCCAUUAGCAGGAGUGGAGAAGUAUCAAUAAAACUACGAAUAUUACCAAGUACCAUUAACAAGUAAAACCUCGCACGUUGCUGGCUACUUAAGGCCAUGACACACGCGGCAAUUUUUUCUGCAACUUGCAAUGCAAUUUCGGAUUUAUUUUGUAGCUAUUUUGCAAUAACAAUAAAUAUCAGACGAAAUCGAUAAAUUGGUGUAAUAUGUAUACAAUUUUAUUAGAAAAAUUAGAAUAUAUAAAAAAAUUCACACACAUCAGGUUUUGGCAAUACAGAAUUAGCUUUAGAGUUUAGGGCCCGUUUUACACUAUAACGCCACGGCUAACAUUCCGUUAAAAAUUUACAACGACACGUUUCUAUAGUAUUAAGGUUAUAUUGUAUACACUAUAACGGAGUGGUUUGCCGUAGUGUACUAACUACGGACCACUACAUUUCCCGCUCUGAAUACAAAUCAAUUUCGUUAAAAAUUCACUACGUUUCUUAGUAUUGUGUUUACACUAACGAAGUGGUUUGCCGUAGCAUAUUAAAACUACGGACCACUAGGUUUGGCACUUCGGAUGCAAAUAGAGACCUUACGAUUUUAGGACGGCAAUGCGACGGUAACGGCUACCAAUACAUAGAUCAUUGAAAAGAAUUGAGUAAUUACAAUAGCCUAUAUGAAUAAUUUAGACAUUGUUCUCGCUCUGUUUACAGCGCCAAAUCACAAAUUUUCACGUCUUGAUACGACGGCUGCAUUCCAAGCCACUGACAAGUGCAACUUCAAACUGGGCCGGUUUAGCAGAACUUUUCCCAACCAUAAAACCCAUGUCUUCAACUUCCAAAACUGCAUUAAAUUCAUACGAUUGGGAUAAUAUACGACGAACUAUCUUUAUUACUAUUUAUUUGAAGGAGUUUGUUUUCAACUGGCCGUCGUCGUCGCGUUGCCGUCCUAAAAUCAUAAGGUCUCUAAUCACUAUUACGCGCCGUAGCGUCAUAGACAGUGUAACCCGGCCUUGAAAUCAUGAAGAACUGUUAAUAAAAUUGUGAAGUAAUUUAGAAGUGUUUUAAUUUCUAUAAUAACUUCACCUUUAAAUCUUUAAAUGCUUUUAAUUCCUGAAAUAUUUGGACUGAAAACAAUGACGUGCAUACCGGGCCCGCCAUCAAAAUGGUUUUCACCUUGUUAACUAUUUAUAUAUACUUCGUUAACUAUUAUAUACAAAGUUACUAUAUUUGUGGUAAUUGAGUAAGUCCAAGAAUUUAUCACACACUAAUCCCUAGUGUAAAACGUGAAUGGCUCACGUUCUGGAUGAUUCUACAAAACAACAGUUCUUAAAACCCAAGUUUCCAUUUGUAGCUACUAUAGUUAGAUCACAAUUCCUUCCCCCACCUUUCCAAGGAUAAUUAUUUACUAUAUAUAGAUACAUGGUAAGUUUGCGCAUGACCAAUUUGAUGAAUUCAAAAUUCUGUAAAUCCAGUAUCGAUCAUGUAUGGUAUUUCUCAGAAAUCUUACAAACUAUCCACAAUGAAAAUGCAAUACCGAUGAGCU